GUGCAGACGGACGAGUCGGAAAAGUCGCGAGGCUAUGGCUUUGUCCAUUUCGCCGAGAAGGAGCCCGCGAUGAAGGCCAUUGCCUUACUCAAUGGCAUGCAGAUCGGCAGCAGCACCAUCCAGGUUCGCGAGGCGAAGUCCGAGGAUCGCGAGCUCUACACCGGCUGUCUUUACUCGCUGUCCACGGCUGUGAGUGCUGUCUGCCCCACGGAGGGGAUAAGGCCGAUUGAGUCUGAUUGGAUGGGCCCUUCCCACGACACGUAUCAUAGCUGGGAGGGCGCCGACUACGAGAACUGGAAGCAGCCGCAAAUGAGCUGA